AUGGCGGCUGGGAUGCCGCGGAACGCGUCAAGUACCUCGGCCAAAACUCGGCGAUUCCGUUUACUUGCGUUCCGUGGGGGAGCGGAGGUGACCGCGACUCGAGAGCUGGUCGGGGGUCCUUCCCUCGCCAAGGACCUAGAAGAGAGUUGGACGCUCGGGCUCACGAGAAUGCGGAGGAAGGAGCGGUGCGAGAAUUGCGGAGUACCUCCGCCGUGGCCAAGCAAACUUCGACCACUUUUAUUCUCUGAGGUGUCAGGCGCAGCGGAUCAGCGGGUGAUGCUGGUUGACGGAGAACAGGGGAUUAGGCAGGGAUGCCUACUAAGUCCGGGUCUUUUUAAUUUAGUAACGGCAGACUUGAAAGAAGAGCUGAGGAAGGGACUAUGGGGAGGAGUUAGGCUGGGAGGAGAGAAAGUAUACACAUUAGCGUUUGCUGAUGAUUUAGUGCUAUUAGCAGAGGAUGAGGAGGGAAUGCGGGCAAUGAUGGCAAGGCUAAAAAGAUAUAUGAUAAAAAAAGGGUUGGUAGUGAAUGUGGAAAAGUCGAAAGGAUUGGGAGAGAAGAAUUUGGAUGUCGAUAUGUUGGUGGACGAUUAUGGCGUAUGGGGUAUGGGGGUAGAGGUAUGGGGGUGGAGGAAAAGGGAUCAGAUGGAAAAGGUGCAGGAGAAGUACUUGAGGUGGCUGUUAGGAGUGAACUGGAGAAUCUUAGGCUAUAUGAUUAAAGUGGAGUUGCAAAGAGAGAAGCUGAGAACUAGGGCGGAGAGGAGAGCAUGA